GAUGUGGUACAGUUGAGGAGGGUAUUGGUUUAGGGGGGUGGUGGGGUGGGUAGGGAGCUUUGAGCUUGAGCUUUGGCUUCUCCUUCCUCUUCAAAAACUACCAUUACCUAUUCAAAAACAAAUCAUUACAAAUUUCUCACACUUACAAUUCUUUCUUUCACAAAAAGCUCUCACAAAAACCACUCAAACAUAAUUUUCCAUUCUCUUCAAGUGCUUAUUGCACAUCUUUUACAUAAUUCACACCAUGCUCAUUUUCUUGAAAGAACUCAUCUACAUUGUUCCUACUUUUUUCAACACCAAAAAUCAAUGAACUCCCUUUCUUCAUCCAUUCAUUUCUUGAAAACUUCAUUCCCAAAAUACCCUCUUCAGCUUUCUUGAAUUCCACCAUUUCCCUUGUUGAUUUCACUUCUUUUGCAGAUCUAUUGAAACCCCAUUUCAAGAAAACAUGGUGGCUGAGCCUUGGUGUUUAAGGAUGGGCAAUCAAGUAAGUACAAAUGUGAAAAGACAACAUUCUUUACUCAAACAAGGACAACAAGAGAAGCAAAUUAUAGGUAUAUUGUCAUUUGAAGUAGCUAAUAUGAUGUCAAAGAUUAUUCAUUUACAUAAAUCUUUAACUGAUAGUGAGAUUAUUAAGGUUAAAAAUGAGAUCUUUAAGUCUGUUGGAGUGAAGGUUUUAGUUUCUGAUGAUGAAGAUAAGCUUCUUGAAUUAGUACUUGUUGAAAAACUUGAUGAUUUGAAUAGGGUUGCUAGUGUUGUGUCUAGGCUUGGUAAGAAAUGUAGUAUUCCUGCCUUGCAAGGUUUUGAGCAUGUUUAUGGUGAUGUUGUUUGUGGGGUUAUUGAUGUGAAGGAUUUGGGAUUUUUGGUUAAAGAUAUGGAAGGGAUGGUUAGGAAAAUGGAGAGGUAUGUGAAUACUACAGCUAGUUUGUAUUGUGAGAUGGCAGUUUUGAAUGAAUUGGAAGUGGCAACAAAGAAGUUUCAGCAGAAUCAGCAUGAGGAGAGUAGGAAGGCAUUUGAGCAAAAGUUGGCUUGGCAGAAACAAGAUGUGAGGCAUUUAGAAGAUGUUUCACUUUGGAAUCAAACUUAUGAUAAAGUUGUUGAACUGUUGGCUAGGACUGUUUGUACAGUCUAUGCUAGGAUUACUGCGGUUUUUGGCAAUGCUAAGAGAGAAGGAUUCAGUGAGAAGUCUGGUGUAAUUGUUGCAGAUAGCAAGGUUGAAGUCAUGGAUGGUGAAUUCAAGAAGCCUGUUUUAAGGAAUAGCAAUGGAAUCUAUCGGUCAGGGUCAAUUGAGAGAGGGGUGUCGGGAAAGAGGAGCAUGAGCCAUAACGCUCAAACUAAGGUUGGAAGAAAUGAAGGGAGCUUAUUUGGUAGUGAGAAUUUCAGUUUUGCUUGUGGAAUGGGACCUGGGAGGCUAUUCAUGGAAUGUCUAAGCUUUAGUUCUGGUUCAAAAAUGGAUUUCGACAAUGAUCUUGGGACUGAUGACAGAAGUAGUCAGAGAUCUGGAUGUUGUAGUGUUUCAAGUGGCACGAAGAGGGAGCAAUCUAGCAUUUCAGGUUCAUUUAAUAGGUCACCUGGUAGUGUCCGUUUCACCGGGGAUGCUAGACAACUAAAGAGUUGUGUGUCUGAUGCUGCAAAACAUGGUCCCAAAAGUAGGAUAACGUUGUAUGCUCCUCCCACAACAGUUGGCGGCUCUGCUUUAGCCCUGCAUUAUGCAAAUGUGAUAAUCGUCGUAGAAAAGCUGCUCCAGUACCCACAUCUGGUUGGUGACGAGGGGAGAGAUGAUCUAUAUCAAAUGUUACCGACAAGCUUAAGGAAGACGUUGAAGGCUAGUCUGAGAUCUUAUAUGAAAGGUUUAGCCAUAUAUGAUGCCCCUCUUGCGCAUGAUUGGAAAGAGAGGCUUGAAGAGAUACUCAAAUGGCUUGCGCCUUUAGCACAUAAUAUGAUCAGGUGGCAAAGCGAGCGAAAUUUUGAGCAGCAGCAGAUUGUUAAGAGAACUAACGUUCUCCUGCUUCAGACAUUGUAUUUUGCCGAUUGUCAGAAGAUGGAGGCAGUAAUUUGUGAGCUGCUUAUUGGAUUAAACUACAUAUGCCGGUUUGAGCAACAGCAAAAUGCUUUGUUGGACUGUAACAGCAGCAUUGAUUUUGAAGAUUGUAUGGAGUGGCAACUGCAAUUCGGAGGUUCUUUUCAUUCUUGAUCACAUUGUUAACAUUGGAGCGCUUAGUGUGGUAAUUUUUUAAUUUGAUCCGUUUGUACGAUAGUUUAGAAUAUAGUUUGACACGAUAUCAACAUCAAAGAUCCAGACACUACCUGAAUGUCUGGCUCUCUGAAGUUGAUCAUUUAGAUAUUUCAUCGCAACUUAUUGAAAAGUAAGUACUUCAAAGAGUACAUAUUUGUGCACCUCCACUUAGUUGCAGUUUAAGUUGUAUAUGUUUUUCGUCUUCAGAAUAGACGUCAUUAUUUGUUAUCCAUUUCUAUCGUUAGGUUGACA